AGCUAAGUUGAGCUAGAAGUUGACUCAUUUUCAGACUUGUCAAUAAUGAAUUGUAUUAUUACAUAGUGAAACUGCAAACUCUAGGAUUUCAAUUAAAUUCUAGGAAGACAAAAUACUUUCUUUUCUUUAUUUUUCCUGUACAAUUCUGUUUUAAAGUCCCUGCAGCAUAAAGGUAGAAUUUUAAUCCAUCAAUGGUGGCACCCUGAACAUAUUUUAUCAAAACAUUUCUGACAUGGGCAAUGUCCUUCAACCUUGUCACUAAUUGUUUACUAAUGGCACUGUCUGCUGUGCAUAUUAAAGGUUUUCAUUUGAUUCAAGGACUCGGUGCGGGGUUCAUCCCUCCUGUGUUGGAUGUUGACAUCCUUGAUGAAGUUGUGCAGGUUUCUGGUGAAGAAGCCAUAGAAACUGCUAAACUACUCGCUUUGAAAGAAGGGUUGCUGGUAGGUAUAUCAUCUGGAAUUUUGAACAAAAUCAUUAAGAAAUGUGGGAUCUGGGAUAUCCAUGGGGGUGUGUUUGGUUCGUGAGGAAAGUUGUCCCAACUUUUCUCAUACAAUUGUUUUUUUUUUUUUUUUUUUUUUCUGUUUUUUUUAUUAGGGCAAGUGGAGAGGGGGGAGGGGGAUCGAAUAUUUGUUAUGAUGAAUAAGGUUUACAUUAAGCUGUUGGGUCAUUAGGUUGGUAGGCUUUCUUCUUUCUCUUAUAAUGUUAUUCAUGUAUUUUUACACUUCUAUAUUAUAACAAAUAAGGAUAGAAGUG